CAACGUAGUGGCCAUCAGAUCCACAAGAAUUGGAAGAAGAUUCCCAUGGGACCCUCACCAUCGGAAUCCCAACAAACCUCCAACGCCAUUCCUUCAAAACUUCCUCCUCUUUCACUCCCCCACCCACCAAGAAAAUGGAGGCUCUGCUCCGGAGCCUCGAUUUCAAACCAACUCCCUACUCCCCAUUUGCGGCCCAUUUCUCCACACCCAUGUCUCAGAUCGGUUUCCGCCGGAUUUCGAGUUCCGGCUGCCGGGAAAGGCGGGGGUGGAGGGCGGCGAGGUCGGAGUCUGGAGGUGAAUCUGCCCGGCGGAGAUUGAUUGGGUCUGUUGGGAAAUGUUUUGUGGGUUUUGCUGCUGCUGCCACGGCCUUGAGUUCUGUUUGGUUUGAUUCUCCAGCUCUUGCUGAAUCUCUCACCGUCGCCUUCCCUGUUUCUCGUGCCCCUGAGGUGAAUACAGUUCAAAGGACUUUGAUUGAGGCCUGGGGAUUGAUCAGGGAAACAUUCGUAGAUCCGACUUUUAAUCAUCAAGAUUGGGACUUAAAGUUACAGCAAACAAUGGUGGAAAUGUUUCCCUUGAAAUCUGGCGAUGCAGCUUAUAAGAAAGUCAGUGCAAUGCUGUCCACGCUUGGAGAUCCAUUUACUCGGAUUAUUAGCCCAAAGGAGUACCAAAGUUUUAGAAUAGGCAAUGAUGGCAACUUGCAGGGAGUUGGCCUCUUCAUAAAUGUUGAACCAAGAACCGGCCAUUUGAUGGUUUUAUCAAUCAUAGAUGGUAGCCCUGCUGCACGUGCUGGCAUACACGAAGGAGAUGAGCUGGUUGAAAUUAAUGGGGAAAGGCUUGAUGGUGUUGAUAGUGAGGCAGCAGCUCAAAAACUCCGAGGGCGUGUUGGAACAAUAGUCACAGUGAAAGUUCAUGUUAAAGAUAUGAGCAACUCGAGUAUCAGAGAGCUUAAAAUACCUAGAGAACACAUUAAGCUUUCUCCGGUAUCAAGUGCGAUUAUCCUGCAUAGAACACAAGAUGGCCAGUUGUCCAAGACUGGCUAUGUGAAAUUAUUAGCCUUCUCUCAGACUGCAGCGUCUGACAUGGAAAGCACAAUUCAGGAGAUGGAAAGCCAGGGUGUGCAAUCGUACAUUCUUGACUUGCGGAACAAUCCAGGAGGACUUGUAAAAGCAGGGCUUGAAGUUGCCCAGAUAUGGCUAGAUGGGGAUGAGACUCUUGUGAAUACAAUUGACCGAGACGGGAAUAUGUUGCCCAUUAACAUGAUUGAUGGCCAUGCUAUAACACGUGAUCCACUUGUUGUGCUUGUCAAUGAGGGUAGUGCCAGUGCAAGUGAGAUUUUAGCGGGGGCGCUCCACGACAACGGUCGGGCUACUCUUGUGGGACACAAGACAUUCGGAAAAGGAAAAAUUCAGAGUGUCACAGAGCUUCACGACGGUUCCGCUUUAUUUGUCACGGUUGCGAAGUACCUAUCACCGGCACGUCACGAGAUAGAUCAAGUUGGUAUUGUGCCUGAUAUACAAUGUACAGCAGAUGCACUCAAUUCAGCCAGAGAAGUAGCAGCCAAAGACAAGAGUUCAGCCUCUCCCCUUGAAGCUGAUUCUUGUAUAAUGAUAGCUGAGCAUGAACUGGACAUUCAACAAUCCAAAGGAACUGCCUCCUGAAAUGAUAGAAAUUCUUUCACUUUUAUAAGUAGAAUUUGAGUGUGUGUAUAUAUGUAAGAAAACUAGAAAGGUAUAUAUCAGAUGGAUAGAUAGAUGAAUAGAUAAUAGUUAGAAUGAAGCGAGAAAUUCGACGGUUCGGACGAGAUUUGUUCGUACCAUAUCAUUCAGCUGUUUCGGUAAGAUCCAUACUGAGUUGGUCAUUGCUGGUUGCUAUGAAGUAUACAAUUCAUUGCCAUCUAAAUAGUCCCAUAGUCAUUGUUAAUCAAUGGGAGUAGUUUCUGUUUUUUUAAUCAA